UCUUCUCUAUUAAAAAAUAAAAAACAAAACAUUUUGCAGGUAAACUGGGAGAUAGUAGGACCCAAUUCUCAGGAAACCUUACCACCACAGAACAGAGACAUUGCAGACCCAGUGAGCGGAUCAUUCUUUUUUGGAGAUGGAGAAGAUGGAGUGAGGACCAUAAUUCUGGCAAUCUAUCCUCAUGAAGAAAUUGAAGUUGAAAAGACUUUUGUAAUUAAACUUAAACUUGUGAAAGGAGACGCUAACUUAGACUCCAGAGCUAAAGAUAUUACAUUAACUAUACAAAAGUUUGGUGAUCCAAAUGGAGUUGUUCAUUUUGCUCCUGAGUCUUUAUCUAAGAAGACUUAUGUGGAGCCACCAGGUUUGGAAGGACCACUGGUCAUCACUUUCUUUGUCAGAAGGGUAAAGGGCACCUUUGGAGAAAUUACGAUUUACUGGGAAUUAAGUAGUGAGUUUGAUAUCACUGGUGACUUUAUUUCCACAAAUGGAUUUUUCACCAUGGCUGAUGGAGAGACUGAUGCAAGCUUUGAUGUUCAUUUGCUGCCAGAUGAUAUACCUGAGAUAGAGGAGGACUGUGUGAUGCAGCUAGUUUCUGUAGAGGGAGGAGCAGAACUGGAUGUGGAAAAAUGCAUCACAUGGUUCUCUGUGUCUGCAAGUGAUGAUCCACAUGGAGUAUUUGCCUUGUAUCCAGAUCACCAGUCAAUACUUAUUGGACAGGACCUUAUUAGAUCUGUCCAAAUUAAUAUCACCAGGCUUGCUGGCACAUUUGGAGAUGUGGCUGUUAGAUUUCGAAUAUCAUCUGAUCAUAAAGAACAGCUAGUUGCUACAAAAAAUGCAGAGAUGCAGCUGGUGGUUCAAGAUUGUGCCAGAUAUAAAGUUGACAUUGUUCCAAUAAAGAAUCAGGUCUUUCUGUCACUGGGCUCCAAUAUCACCUUGCAGCUAGUGACUGUGAUGCUCCUCAGUGGAAAUGUCUAUGGAAUGCCAACCAUUCUUCAUGAAGCAAAAUCUGCUGUGCUUCCAGUCCCUGAAGAAGCAGCCAAUUCUCAGGUUGGAUUUGAAUCCACUGCUUUUCAACUCACGGAUAUCACUGCUGGCACAAGCCAAGUUAUGAUUUCUAGGACAGGAACAUAUGAUGCUCUCUCAGUGACCUGGACCACAGGAUAUGCUCCUGGGUUAGAAAUCCCUGAGUUCAUCACUGUUGGUAACAUGACCCCAAUACUGGGGAGCCUGUCAUUUUCCCAUGGUGAACAAAGGAAAGGAGUUUUGCUGUGGACCUUCCCCAGUCCUGGUCGGCUGGAGGCCUUCGUCAUUCACCUGUCAGGUGUGCGGAGCAGUGCUCCAGGUGGAGCCCAACUCCGAUCAGGUUUCACCAUUGCUGAAAUUGAACCUAUGGGAGUCUUCCAGUUUUCCCCUAGUUCAAGAAGUAUCACGGUUUCAGAAGAUAUACAGAUAAUCAGAUUACAUGUGCAAAGACUGUUUGGGUUCCACAGUGAUCUUAUUAAAGUUUCCUAUGAGACAACUCCAGGAAGUGCAAAGUCACUGGAAGACUUUGAGCCUAUACAGAAAGGGGAAAUGUUUUUUCAAAAAUUCCAAGCUGAAGUUGAUUUUGAAAUAACCAUUAUUAACGAUCAGCUUCAUGAGAUGGAAGAAACUUUUUUUGUUAAUCUUACUUCAGCAGAAAUUCAGGGACUACAAAAGUUUGAUGCUAAUUGGAGACCAUGCCUGAAUCUAGAUUUCAGUGUUGCAGUGAUCACAAUAUUGGAUAAUGAUGAUGUGGCAGGCAUGGAUGUUUCUGUCCCCUUGACAGCUGUGACUGUCGUAGUUGAUACCACUCUCAUUCUUAUAGAAACUGAUUCUACCACAUAUCCUGGCACAAGCGAGUUAACUACCAUUCCUCAGACAACUGAGAUGGCUGUCAUCAUUACUGAGAAUACUGGUAUGUCUGCCACCCCUGAGAAUCUUGUCACCGUUCAUGGUUCAUCUACCAUGCCUGAGAAGCCUGACAUGACCACUGUAACUGCCAGUAUUUCCAUUCAUGGAACUUUUAGUCUUGUCCCCCCCAUUGUUUAUGUUGAAGAGGAGAUGAAGAAUGGCACAUUCAAUACUGUGGAAAUUCGUAUCCAAAGAACUGGUGGGUUUGAAGGCAAUGUCAGUGUAACAGUUAAAAAUUUUGGCAAGAGAUGUGCUUAGAAGGAACCAAAUGCAUUGCCUUUUCAGGAUAUUUAUGAAACCUCCAACCAGACCUGGGCAGUUGAAGAAGAAGACUUUGAAGAACAAAGUCUUAUCCUUAUGUUUCUGGAUGAAGAAAGAGAACGCAAAGUAUCUGUUCCAAUUUUGGAUGAUGAUGAUUCUGAAGGGCAGGAAUUCUUCUUUGUGUUCCACACAGACCCUCAAGGGGGAGCACAGAUUGUGAAGGGAAAAGAUGCCACUGGAUUUGCAGCUUUUGCCAUGGUUAUUAUUGCAGGAAGUGAUCUCCACAAUGGAAUCAUAGGAUUCAGUGAGGACUCCCAGGAUGGACUUGAACUGGGGGAAGGAGCUGAUAUGAGGAGACUGCAUCUUCUUGUCACAAGGCAGCCAAACAGAGCCUUUGAAGAUGUCCAGGUCUCUUGGAGAGUCAUACUUAAUAAAACAGCCAUUGUUCUCCAGAAAGAAGGAGUGAACCUGAUGGAUGAACUUCUGUCUGUGUCAGGAAACAUGACGUGUACAGCAGGUCAAACACAAUGCUUCAUCAGCCUUGAACUUAAGCCAGGGAAUGUAAGAAAUGACGAGGCACAAGGCGGUAAACUUCCAAUGUUUCUUUAGAAGUAAUCAUUUUUAAAUCAUUUUAUGGAAACUCAAGCAUAUUGUUUUUGUUGAAUUUCUUUGUAUCUUGCCUAGUUGUAAUGUCAAAAUCAUUUUGCUGGAUCAC